ACAGAAGGUGCCAACCAGGCAACCACUCCCCUCCCAAAGGCGACCAAGAAAGAACUCCAGCUGCACCAGCUCUGUACCGUCAGUCUCCCCUCCUUUUCCCCGCGUCUCCUCAGAGUUCCGGCGAGAGAGCCCGCCGCCGCCGCCGGACUUCCGAUGGCGACGCCUCGGAAGCCGAUCAAGCUCACCCUGCCAUCCCACGAGUCCACCAUCGGCAAAUUCCUGACGCACAGCGGGACGUUCAGGGACGGGGAUCUGCUCGUCAACAAGUAUGGCCUCCGCAUCGUUUCGCAGGGCGAGGGAGGCGAGGCUCCUCCUAUAGAGCCACUGGACAGUCAAUUGAGCUUAGAUGAUCUAGAUGUAAUCAAAGUGAUCGGGAAAGGUAGCAGUGGACAUGUGCAAUUGGUCCGCCACAAAUUUACUGGGCAAUUUUUUGCUCUGAAGGUUAUUCAACUAAAUAAUAUUGAGGAAAGUAUACGCAGACAGAUUGCCAAGGAGUUGAAAAUAAGCCUGUCAACACAAUGCCAAUAUAUUGUUGUGUUCUAUCAGUGUUUUUAUUUUAACGGUGCCAUUUCUAUUGUUUUGGAAUACAUGGAUGGUGGCUCCCUUUCAGAUUUCCUGAAGACUGUUAAAACCAUUCCUGAGGACUACCUUGCUGCUAUCUGUAAGCAGAUACUAAAAGGACUGAUGUACUUGCAUCAUGAGAGGCACAUUAUACACCGAGAUCUGAAACCAUCAAAUAUAUUGAUAAAUCACAGGGGUGAAGUAAAAAUAUCAGAUUUUGGUGUAAGUGCCAUUAUUUCUAGCUCCUCUGGACAAAGAGAUACAUUUAUUGGCACAAAAAACUACAUGGCGCCAGAAAGAAUCAAUGGAAAGAAACAUGGCUAUAUGAGUGAUAUCUGGAGUUUGGGGCUAGUAAUACUGGAAUGUGCGACCGGCAUUUUUCCAUUUCCUCCUUGUGAUAGCUUUUAUGAACUUCUCGCAGCUAUUGUUGAUCAACAGCCGCCAUCUGCACCAGCAGACCAGUUUUCACCAGAAUUCUGCUCAUUCAUUUCUGCAUGUAUCCAGAAGGACGCUAAAGAUAGGUCAUCAGCACAAGCCUUAUUGAACCAUCCAUACCUGAGCAUGUAUGAUGACCUGCAUAUAGACCUUGCUUCCUACUUCACUACAGCAGGAUCUCCCCUCGCCACCUUCAAGUAAUAGCAAUGUCUUUAUGUUUCUUAGUAUCCAUUUGCUUACAGAAGUGACACAAUUUCUUUUACAGUUCCAGGCAACUCUAAGUUAUUGUCCUCCUGCAAAGGGCAUGACGACCGAAUGCAAUCAUGCGUGCCAUCUGCUGAAAGGACUGGUGAAACCUUUGGAAGUUGAUGAGUAGAGCUGUAGCUUACUGACGCGAAUGUUCUGAGUUUCGCUUCUUUUUUUUUCCUUUUUGGAUAAGGCUUGUGGGUGUGUAACGAGCUGUAAUGAUCUCGUCUGUAUCAAGUUUGUGAUUGGUUCCAUCACUAGACAUAUAUGACAUACAUGUAUAGAAUUUUAGGAUCGAUGAGGUCUGAAGACUCUGAAGUUUUGCCUAUCUGUAUAUCAACAGCAUGGAUUGCUCCUGUUUGUUUCACCUUGUAAUGUAUUGGCUCCCUCACUCAGUACAAUUAUUACCUCAACCAAAUCUCAGUUUUUGGGUUGGUCACUAUCUCAUUGGAGUAUCAUGAGAGAGAGAACCCAAAUUGUCUUA